AUGCCUCCACGCGUGUCACUUCAGCCUACAUUCAAGGCUUUCAAUGGUUCCUUACAGAUUCGAAGUCCGCUUGCCCAGCUUGCGAUAACCCGGAACAAAACGUCCGUCAGAGCCGCAUCGACCGAAGGAAAGGAGCGGAGGCGACAUGACCCCUAUCUGAUUGCGCAAGCACGUCAGCGCAAAGCCGCGAACUUGUCCCGUCAACAGGCCCUCGCGGAGAAGCGUGAAGGCUCUCUGGGCCACCCCGUGUACGGCGAGUCGACACCUUUCAUUGAAGAGCUGAAGAUCAAACAUGCUGCAUCGCAGAGCUCUGACCUGAACCACUUCCUCACGCCGCAAGAGCUCGAGAACGCCCUCGAGUACUCUAAGAACUUGACCGCACCCAUCGAAAACACAAAGAGAGACACCGCAGACCCCAUGAGGGAGGCCGAGGUGGCCAAAUCCCACUUGAACGAACAUGCGAAUGCCCAGGAAGCAAUCAAGCGGAUUGUGAAUAUCCACAACGGAAACACCGCCGAUCAGAUGCGCAUUCGCAUACAGAAGUGCAUCGAGACUUUCGGGCGACACAACACUGACAAGGUUUUGCCGCCAAAGCCAACCGCUGUAUCGCACGAUUCGGCCACUAUCCACCUGGAAAAGACCCCUCGUGUCGGCCCUGAUACCGGAUCGCCCGAAGUGCAAGUCGCGAUUCUUACUGCAAAGAUCUUGAACAUGACGAGGCAUCUGGAAACCACCCGACAGGACAAGCACAACAAGCGCAACCUGCGACUACUUGUUCACAAGAGACAAAAGCUGCUUCGAUACCUACGGAAGAAGGAGCGGGGCGGUCCGAGGUGGAAGAACCUCAUGGAGACAUUGGGCUUGUCAGAUGCCGCUUGGAAGGGUGAGAUUAGCAUGUAA